AGCAAUGUAUCUGCCGGUAUCACACUGUGUACCGGCAUCAACUUCACAAGCAGCUGCGACAGUGUCGCCUGGCCGGUCAACGAGUGCAUUGCUCUAAACGACUAUUCUGGCAAGACGUUGAGUUUCCGGCCAGACGCGGGCUUUGAGUGUUUGUUGAUGCAAGAUCGAUGCAAUGGGAACGAACAGUAUGCCGACCUUUACCAUGAUAGCAUCGAGGACAGCGACCUCAGUAGAUUGAGCUGGAUCAACAUGACGCGAAGCUAUGAGUGCUUCACAACGACAGUGGCGUGA